AUGGAUCCAGAUUCAGAUUUCUAUGGCGACGAAGGUACUACCUCGGCCUUCAAAGCCCGCGUCGACCAGUUCGACGUGGUUGAAUGGUGGGACAGCCGUAAUGUCGUCACCAGACAUCUCCAGCAUGCCGCCCACAAACAGCCUGCCCCAACAUUGCGAAACGGCCGCCUGCACAACCUCUACGAAGGUCUGCCUGGCGCCUGGCAGCUCUCUGAGCCCAUCGAAUGUUUCCUGUUCCGCCUCCCACCAUCCACAACUGAUUUGCGCCCCGGGCUUGACUGGAUCUAUGUUGCUAACCCGUACGCGCCGCCUGGGCCAGGUCAGGCCCACGCCCAAUUUUGCAGAGGUGGCGAGGAACGGCUGGCCCUCUUCGCCGAGUUUGAGCAGAUGGCUACGGCCAGUAUCGCCAAAACAUCCGGUAGCGCGCUUACGGCCCUCAAAAAAGAGGUGGCGAAUGAGAGGCGGGAACUGGUCGAGGAUCUCCGGGACCUCGCGAGUGCGUGCAAUAUCGUCACGGGGAAGUGGAUGUUAUUCCCUGAACCGGAGCGUGUGGAUGAGAUCUGGGCAAAGGUCGCGAUGGCCACCGUGAAUGGCGAGCUUGGGAUUGCGGCCAAGGUUGCGACUAGAGUCGAGGCGGAGAAGGCAAGGCUAGUUUGUGUUUACACGAGCGAUUUUAGGGACAAGGAUGACGUGGCGAGGGUAUUGAACAGAAUGAGAGAACUGGAAUUGGUGAGACCGAGUGGGAAGCAGAUAUAUUACAAGUCAGCAUAUGAUCUAGACCGCAGCGACUCGAUAUCUUGGCAGAUCCCCACGCGGCCGUUGACAGGUACUCCCAAAGCAACGAAGGCAUUAGCCAUGGUACAUGAAGACUAA